GUUCAAAAAGUAUAAGCCUGUUCACCAAGAAGAGAUAGACAACUAUCUUUCAUCCGAUGUAUUCAGGAUGCUGAGCAAGGUGGAAUUGGCACUUGUACCUGGUUUUUACAAUUUGGAAGAUCCCAAUGUGGCAGUUACAGCAGCAGAGGAGCAGUGGAAGCAGACAGUCGCACCUUUAUUCCCACGACUGACCGAGCGAGGUAUCUUCCGCUCCACAGUGAGGGAAGAGAGGUAUGAAGACAACUUUUGAUCACCGCGGCCAUUGUAUCUUCAGCAGAUGCAUCUCGCGUUCGCUUGUGCCCAUGCCCACUCUGGCAACAAUGAAGGGCACCCUCAAGCGGUGCACAAAAAUACGUAUCAUCGUCUCUUUGGCUCUUGGAAGUGUAGUGUGGUCCUGCACGUUCUUGGUUGUGCAUCGCAGUUCCUUCCACAAUCCCUUACUCCAUAUGCAUCAUGUGCUGCCACAUAACAUGUCUGCCAAUUCCGGCAUCCAGUUUCCCGCAUACCACCAUCAUCAUCCCGACACUCAGACGUCUAUUUUCUCCAUCUCGUCUCCAGUUCUUCCAAACCAUAUGCUCCGCCAGCAGUCGCCCAUCACAGGAUCGCUACCUUUCCCAUUCAUACACUCUUAAGGACGCGCAAUCUGCUGGCUCACUCCAAAGGUCUCAGUAGCGACCAAGCAAUCCUGGUCGCAAUUCCCCAGGAACUGCUAUUCGGCCGUUUUGUCAUCUUUGCGGCGAUGCCGGCGACACUUAUUCUACAGGGCCAGUUCGG